AUGAGUAUAGAGCUGAACGAGCAAGUCCUCGCGCUUUCGCUCGGAGGUUCAGGUCUUUGCGUGGUGGCUUGCGCUGCGGUCUGCUGCUGUCGCGACUUCGUCCGUCGAAGCCGCCUGCGGGAGCUUGCCGCAGAGCCUGCUGAGGAAAGGGCCGAGCCCGCAGAUCAAGGCCUCACCCGAGUCCUGAUCACGGGCUAUCAGGCUCCGAUCCGCCGUCUGGACCCCUUUGCUUUCCGGAAGACCAAACCCAAGGGGAACAACGUGCAGGCCAACUACGACAAGGUAACAUCUUCCGGAGAAGACCAGGUGGAUCGCCUGGUUCGCGCCUACGGCUCGCUGGCCGCUGAAAUCGAUCCCGAGGAUCGUCUGAGGCUGCUGCAGCCUAGGGAGAGGAAGGACUCGAAGCCUCAGUCCAUAGCGAAGGGUGCUCGAAGCUUGGAAGUAGAGCAUGGAGAAGCUCCUUCCCGCCAGCCGCCCAGACCGCCGCAGCCGGAGCCUAAGACGUCCUCCACACCCUCCAGGCCCUCUGCAUGGAGGGUCAGGGCCGAAGGCCAACAGACGGCGUCCAAAGCAUCUCAGGCGGCAUCCCACGCCCUCCAGCCGCUCCAGCCUCAAGCAAAAGAGGAGGCUACAGAGGAUCGGAUUCCACCCCAAGUGCUGGGCAGGCCGAGGGAGGCAGCGGCCACAAGCCUGGACACUGUCUCGGAAAUCCUUCGGCACAUUGAGCUUCCAGCCCCAGCCCCGCCCGCGGCAGCCCCACCAGUGAAGCCGACAGCCCCUCAGCCUGAGACCCUGGAAAGCGACGAAUCAGCCGCGGAAAGCGACGAAGCUACAGCUGUGCGGUUGCGGGAGGACAAGUUUGAUGCACUGGAUGCCGAGCUAAACGAACAGCUAAACCAGUCUGUUGGUUUGGCCCUAGAGUCAAGGACACUGCACAAGUCAGUCGCUGGGCUGCCCAGAAGCGGUAGCCAUGGAACCCCAACAGGUUCAAAAAAGUCGAAGGCCAAAGGCCGCAGCAAAAAAGCUGCAGCACCAGAAGCGACCCGAAGCUGA